GUUUAACAAACAAUUAGUCAUUGGAACUAACAAGUCCCACCCACUAAACUGGAUGUAUAAAAAGAGAUGAUAGUGGUGAGUCCCAUCAACGAAACUCCUAGAUCUCUUCAGCAAAGGAUUCUUCAACUUUCCAGGCUGAAAAUGGUGAAUUACGAAGUAACAGUUUACACCACCAACUGUGCCUUGGCCGCCACCUUUAACAAUGUCUACAUUAAGCUGGUUGGCACAGAAGGGGAGGGCAAACGCAGCUGGCUUAAUAGCAUCAAAGGGUCUCUGGCCCUCUUCAGAGGAGAAGUUGCACAUUUCACUGUCAGCUGCCCCAAAUCCCUUGGAACAUUGUUCCUGAUAGAGCUGGACAAGCAGAAUUUCCUAGUCUUCCAAGACUCUUGGUACCCCUCUAAAGUAGAGGUGAGAUCCCCUGAAGGAGACACAUACUGCUUUCCUGUCCACCGCUUUAUCGCUGACCGUGAGGUGCACCUCUUCAGGGAGGGAAAAGCUGUGAAAGCCUUUGAAGAAACCCACGAUCUUGCCAAGUACGCCAGGGAGCUGGAGCUCAUUGGUCGAAAAGAAGACUACUGCUGGAAAGAGUUGAAAGAAGGACUACCUCACUGCAUUAAGGAAACAAAUCCUCUCUCUCUGCCUCCUGAGGUUAGGUUCUCCUACACCAAAGAUACUGAGUUUUUGUGGACUGCAGCAGUUGGGGAGGUUGAGCUACAACUGAAAGGACUGGAAAAACGAAAUGAACCAUGGACUGACAUUGACGCGUUUGAUCAGGUGUUCCGCUGCAAGAUGACUGACAUAUCAGAAUAUGUCGAGGAACAUUGGCAGGAGGAUGAAUUCUUUGCCUACCAGUAUCUAAAUGGUGUCAACCCCAUAAUGAUCAGAUGCUGCAAAGUACUGCCAGUAAACUUUCCUGUCACUGAUGACAUGGUCUUCCUCCAUGGUCAGGGUAGCUUAACGGAAGAAAUGGAGAGAGGCAACAUAUUCCUUUGUGACUACAAACGUUUGGAUGGAGUGACAGCAAACAACGUCAAUGGGAAGAAGCAGUACUUGAUGGCUCCCCUCGUCCUGCUCCACAAAAGAGAGGACAAGUUGAUGCCAAUUGCUAUUCAGCUGAAGCAAACCCCUGCAGACGACAAUCCAAUCUUUCUUCCCACUGACUCUGCGUAUGACUGGUUGAUGGCCAAGAUCUUUGUGAGAAGUGCAGAUUUCCAAGAACAUGAACUCAACGUUCACCUGCUGCGCACUCACCUGCUGGCUGAAGUUUUCGCAGUGUCACUUCUGCGCAAUGUGCCAAUGGUGCAUCCACUGUACAAGCUCCUUGUACCUCACACUCGCUACACUCUGCAAAUCAACAUCUUGGCUCGACUUGCUCUAAUUUCUGAGAACGGAGUAUUCACAGAGUUUGCAGCCUCUGGGGGAGAGGCCAUGUUCACAAUCAUGAAGAGAUCACUGUCCUCAAUGACCUACAAGUCCCUCUGUAUACCAGAUGACGUUGAGGAGCGUGGGGUUGGGAACAUACCAAACUACUACUACAAGGAUGAUGGACUCCAGCUUUGGGAUAUCAUCUUCAAGUUUGUGGAGGGAGUACUCAGCUACUACUACAAGUCUGACGAUCUGGUUGUGAAGGACUCUGAGCUGCAGGACUGGAUUCGAGACAUUUUUGAACAUGGAUUCCUUUCUCAAGAACAAACAGGAAUUCCACAGAAAUUCUCCACCGUGGCUGAGCUGAUCAAGUUUGUCACCAUGGUGAUCUUCACCUGCUCAUGCCAGCACUCAGCUGUGAACAGUGGACAGUAUGACUAUGGUGCCUGGAUGCCCAACACUCCCAUCUCCCUGCAGCGUCCUCCGCCAACAACAAAGGGAACAAAAGACCACAUUAUGAUGCAGACUUUGCCUGACAUCAGCACCACAGUUAAGGGCAUGUCCACCAUGUGGCUGCUCAGCAAGGACUCUUCUGACUUUGUCCGUCUUGGCCAGUACCCGGAGCAAUAUUUCACUGAGGAUUUUCCCCGCAAACAGAUAAAGGGCUUCCAGCAAGAACUUCACCUGUUGAGUGUUGCGAUCAAAACCAGAAACGACAAAUUGCGUCUGCCGUACACGUACUUGGAUCCAGCCAACUUUGAAAAUAGUGUUGGCAUUUAAGCACUAAAAUGAGCAACCUCGUCAGCUGUUGGCCUAAUUGAGCGUCACAUUAAUGAAAGGGAAAGAACUUCUAUAUUCUGUAUUUUUCAAUCUUACUACACUGUGUGCACAAUUAUUAGGCAAGUGAGUAUUUUGACCAUAUUAUAAUUUGUAUGCAUAUUUUCCAACUCCAAGCUGUAUAAACUUGAAGGCCUAUUGGAUUUAAGAAUAUGAGGUGGUGUGUAUUUGUGUAAUGAGGGAGUGUGUGGCCUAAGGAGAUCAACACCCUAUAUCAAGGUGUGCAUAAGCUUCUUUUCCUCAGGCAAAACGGGUCAAAAAAGAGUUUUAACUGAAUCUGACUUUAACCCUAUUGAGAGCAUGUGGGCCCUUCUUAAACGGGAGAUUAACGGGAGAUUUACGGUGAAGGAAAACAGUACACCUCUCUGAACAGUGUCUGGGAGGCUGUGGUUGCUGCUGCACAAAAAGUUGAAAUAAUUGUGGACACAUAGAUAUUCUCCUAAGAAAGCCAAAACCUCACUUUUACUUUCUUAAAUAUUCAGGUUUGAGGUUUAUUAACAUUUUUGGAUUGACCGAGAGCACUGUAGUUGUUCAAUAAUCAAACCAAUCCUCAAAAAUACAACUUGCCUAAUAAUUGUGCACACAGUGUAUAUGUUGCGCUGUGUCUUAUAUAACUCUUCAAUCAAACUGCACACUCUUGUGAAAAUCAAUUUUUAAAUUUUUUUUCCUCAUCCUAAAUAUAAUAGAUAUAGAUAGGCUUAUACAGAUAUUUAUCAAAGAAAUAUACAUUAACAUAUGAUAAUAAUAAUAAUUACACACAAUAUAAAAUCCAAGAUGUGAAGCUGUUUUAUUGUUUUCUGUGUUGACAUACAAAUUUACGAAUCUGAUAAUACUGUAGAACGUGUAUUACAGCAUCUAUGUCGAGGUUUGCAUGUGAGCCAGUCAUCUAAAUUGCUUCAUUGCUGAAUUAAUCAAGUCACUUUUGUGAAAAACAAUGUAAAUGGGAAAUAAUGAAAAUUGCUUUACUGUUGUUUUCUUUCCUUUUUGAAAUGUUACUGAAAAAAGGAAAUAACUUUCUUUCAAGCUGUUUUUCAAUGUGCUUUAGGGAUUAAAUAAUCAUGAUGGUUUAUAUGAAUAUCAGAUUCAUGUUGCUUUUUUACUAAUAACAGCAAAGGCCUCAAUAAAGACGAUACAAAACAA